GGAUAAUUUUAUUCGGGUUUUAUAAUCGUGUUUGGUAGAAUUUGGGGGUCUCGUAGGGGAGGCCACGGCCAAGGCGGCGUUUCCAGGCACCACACUUCCAGGACAGCCAAAGCUCUCUUGCUCCACCACUCCUCUCGUUUCUGCAACGAGCAUACACGACCGACACAAUGAAAUCUUUCGCUGCCAUCGCUUUGGCUCUCCUCGCCUCCGCCGCACCCUCGCUCGCCAACGUCGUCUUCUCAUCCCCGACCGCGGGCCAGACCAUCUCCGUCUCCGGCGUCACAGCUUCCAUCACAGUCGCAUGGUCCGACGGAGGUGACGCACCGACGUUUGCGGAUAUCGCGAGUGCGCAGUUGUUCUUGAUGAGUGGGAGUGAUGACAAUCCGGAGGCGCUGUAUACGGGGAGCACCAUUACGAGUUUGAGCACGACGACGAGUACUGUGAUGAGUGUUGAUGAGGGGAUUGGUGGGAAUGGAUACUAUUUCAUCAAGAUGCUCCAAACGACGACGGAUGCGCAGACAGUCGUGACAUACUCCCCCCGCUUCAAGCUCGCCGGCAUGACCGGUGUCUUCGACGCCGUCGUCUCCGCCGGUCUCGCUUCCUCCGAAACCGACACUCCCCCCGGCACGACCCCCGUCGCCCUGGGCGGCUCAUCAUCCUCCACCUCUGCUGCUGCCACCGCCGACACCUCCGUCACAAUCUCCCUCCCCAUGACUUUCAACCUAGCCCUCCAAACUGGCCUCACCCGCACCGCGCCCGCAAUCCCCUGGCCGCAAACUAAAAUCACGGCACAGACUACAGAUGUCGCUCCGUUGUACCCGACGAGUGAGUAUACGGUCUACACGACGUAUGGGGCGAUUCCGACGAUUGUUACGACGAUUACGAGUAGUGCGCCGUAUACGUAUGAGGUCGCGGCGAAUGCGGCAAGUGUGAUGCCGGAUCCGAGUGUUGCUGGGCAUCAUUAUAAGAGGGAUGUUGUGGAGGAGGAAGGGAAGACUGUUGAGGUCCCUGGGAGGUGGACCGAGUAA